UGUCCGCCAGUUAAUUGUUUCUAGUGCUGGCGGCCGGCGUUCCUCGCCGGAACGAUAUCUCCAAAGCCGUCCUUACCGCAGGCGUUUCUUCGUACGUAUCUACUCUUCUUCACCUCUCUCUCUCGCGUGCGCGCGCGAGGACGACAUGAACAAUCUUCUGACGAAUUCUUUUGAAUUGGAGAGGGACAUCGAGAUGGGGUAUCAAAAUUCAAAGAACAAAUCAGAUUAUGGCCUUGAGGACUUCUUUCAAGAGGUCCAGGAGAUUGAGAUAUUUUUGGACAAGAUGUCCAACAUAAAUCACAAACUUCAGGAAGCCAAUGAGGAAUCAAAAUCAGUAACAAAAGCUUCCUUAUCGAAAGCAAUCAAGAGGCGCAUGGAGAAAGACAUCGAUGAAGUGGGGAAAAUUACACGCAACAUAAAAGUGAAGUUAGAGGAAAUGGAUAGGAAUAACCUUGAGAACAGAAAAAUGCCAGGGUGUGGGAAGGGCACAGGCGUAGACCGAUCAAGGAUGUCAAUGACCGUUGCACUGAAAAAUAGGCUGAAAGAUAGAAUAAAAGAUUUCCAGAAUCUAAGACAAACUAUCCAAGAGGAGCACCGACAAGUUGUUGGGAGGAUGGUUUUCACAGUUACUGGAGAGCAGCCUUCUGAUCAGGUGAUUGACCACCUAAUUGAGACAGGCGGCAGCGAGCAGAUAUUCGAGAAAGCAAUUCAGGGAAUUGGUCGAGGGCAGAUUAUAGCCACGGUGCAAGAAAUUCAGGAAAGGCAUGAUGCGGUCAUGGAAAUUGAAAAAAGACUACUUGAAUUGCAACAGAUCUUUAAUGACAUGGCAGUACUCGUCGACGCACAAGGAGAGACACUGAACGACAUCGAGGAUCAGGUUCACAAAGCCGUAGAUCAUCUACAAGGUGGUAACGAAGCGCUACGCGAAGCAAAGAGCCUGCAGAAGAAGUCCAGGAAGUGCAUGUUCAUUGCCAUCAUCAUACUUCUUGUCAUUGCAGCGAUCGUCGUGCUUUCAAUCUUAAAGCCUUGGGCUAAGUAGAAAACAAGAAAAAAGCAGUUGAUAUAGCGAGUGUUAUUCGUAAGCACAGGCUCUUUUGAGAAUUCAGGCAGGCAUAUGUUUGAAAGUGCUCUUGCUUUGUC